AUGUCCUGUCUAGCGCUUUCCUUACAACCCGCAAAUGGAUCCGACAUCCUUCUCCAGACGCGCGAGUGGUUCCCUCCCUCACGCGCCCUCGGCGCCCUCUCCGCGUUUCGCCAGACUCGCCGCGCCCUCGCCGCCAACAAGCACUCCACUCCUGACGAUGCCUACGCUGCGGAAUCCAUCGGCGACGACCCCCUCGCGGCGUCGAGCGGGCAGGUCAUCGUCGGCGUGGAGAGCCGCUACCGCGUGGUGUACCGUCUCGUGAACAGCAUCUACGUCCUCGGCAUCACCGUCGCUGACCACGACAACUCCGUCAACGUGUUCGAGUGCAUCAACAUCGUUAACCAGGCCGUCAGCGUCGUCGUCACGGCGUGCCGCGGCGUCGAUGUCACGCCAGAGAAGCUCAGCCGCAAGUACGCCGAGAUCUACAUGGCCCUUGACAUCGUCCUCCGCGGCGUCAGCCACAUCCGCCUCGCUGCCAUGCUCACCACCAUGCACGGCGAGAGCAUUGCCAGAAUGGUCCACUCCGCCAUCGACACCGAGAACAAGAUCCGCGGCGCCGAUACUUGGCUCACGGUGGAGGUCCAAUCGCUCGAGCACCAGGCCUGCAUCGACGCCUUCUCCACCGCCUCGUUCCAGUUGCCGCCGGAGACGCUCGAGGCCGGCGAAGAGGUAGCCGCCAGCCUUGCCCCCGCCCAGCCUGAGGCGCAGGAGGAGCCGCAGCAGAAGCAAGAAGAGUCUCAGGUGGAGGACCCUUUUGCAGCAAGUGAUGCAAUUAACAAGCCGCAGGAGCUUGUUGAAGGAUUCAAAAAAACAAAGGACCCUUCUGCUACUGAUUUAACCUCAGCGUUGGAGGGGCUUGAUGUUACCACAUUGCCUCCUCCGGAGGCUACUCAAUCCACGCAUAUAAACGUGGAGGGUUUUGAAGGGAACUACGGUGGCGUUGAGUUUGGGCAUGAGCAAGCUUCUAUUGGAGAAGCUUUUGAAGGUUUCAAUGAUGCUUGGGGUGGUGGACUGGAUCCUUCCGAGUUCGUGGGCACAACCAGGCCUCCCAAACCGCAAGGGCUUGGUGGGGUUGAAUUGUUGCAAACUGGGCCUGAUGCUGCUCCUAAAGCAGCUACUGAAAGUGGUGCAGGAACUCCACUUGAGAACUUGUUGGUGAAGAAAACUGAGAUGAGGGGUCCUGAGAUGUAUAUCUCGGAGGUGAUUAGCGCAGAGUUCAGGGAAUCGUUGCUUGCAAGAGUGGGAUUAAUGGGUAUUGUUUACCUCAGAACUUUGCCACCCAAAACUGCUGGUGAUAAGGAAACCGAAUUCUCAUUCCGCAUUGAGCGAACCGGUGCUGUUAAGAGAUUUGUUAUUCAGAGUUCGCGCGUUAGUAGCCUUGAUAAUGGACUGUUUCAUGUGAGGACUGCGGCCUCUGAGGAGCCAAUACCGAUUAUGAAGUAUAGCUUGGUUCCUAGGUUGACGCCAUUGCCUUUGAGGGUUCGACUUACAAAACGGCAUACUGGCAGUUUGCUUUCUGUGAUGAUACAAUAUGCUUCAAACCCUGAUUUGUUAGUUCCCUUGCAUGAUGUUACGUUCUCUCUAAAACUGCCCGUUGAUCCGACACUAUUGAAGGUUUCCCCAAAAGCCGUGUUAAAUAGGUCUGAAAGAGAAAUUAAAUGGCUUGUACCAGAGAUUCCGUUGAAGGGCACUCCUGGCAGAUUGAGAGUUCGGAUGCCGGUAGAUUCUAAUGAAGAUGACGAAGAAAUGGAGGUUGUCGGUUAUGUGAAAUUUUCUGAACAAGUAACUCAGUCAUUGUCUGGAGUUUCUAUACGGCCUGCAUCGGAGGGUAAGACAGACUUCUACGAGGUUAGUGACAGACUUGAGAGUGGGGUAUACAUGUGCGAUUGA